AUGGAUGGCUUACUCACUCUGAAUUUAAGCGCCUCACGCAGUCAGGUGGGGCUACGUUCAGGGACGCUUCCACGCCAAUGUAUGAAUUCACCUGUUAAGGAGAGGGGAGGUAUUGUCUUUCGUGGCACCAUUGAAGACCUAGAUUAUGGGUUGGUAAUUGCAACCCGUAAUUGGGUUGUGCCUGCGAUUGUGAGAGAGUGUUGGUUACAAGAAAAUGGAUUACUUGUGCCCGAAGAGAAGGGGUCCAGAAUGGAAAGUGAGAGGGAGUAUGGGCAAUGUUUCUGCACCUCGAGGCCGUUUGCUCACCGUAUUUGCCAUUGUCAUUGCCUUGUUGUCCUUCUCCCAUUACAAAGACUACAAGGCUCAGCUCCAUAG